AUAGUAUUCUCUGAAAGAAAUGAAAUCUGUAACAUAUUUUAAGAAAUCAAUUAUACUGGAGGGUCUGGCAGGGAGACCCUGGCAAGCACUUGAAUUAAACCAGCGCCGCAAGGGGAGGAGCUUGCCCAUGAACCCCAGCCGCUAUUGGACCCCUAACAGGAGCACCUCAAGAAUGCUUUUCUGGUUGAAAAGCCAAUUGAGAACCACCCUUACGGCUUCGCCAAAACAUGCCCUCGCAAUGUCAUGCUCCGAAAGAUCCGUUUUCACGGUGUCCACGGUUAACUCUUUCAUGAGCCUUGGUCCUAAACCCCCCCUCUGUGUCGUCUAUCAAGCGGUCCACACCAGCCCAGCCGGCCAAGUCCAACCGGACUGGGCUCCCGUGCCAGAGCCGACCCUCCCCGGAACAAUGAACCAUCAGCAACCGUCACAGCCACAGAACUCAGUGGCUCUGCCGCGGCACCAAUUCCAUCAAGGAGAGAUGAUCUGGAGGGAACCUCGCUUGAGCCCCGUCCGCGUUCCGCAGGUGAGCGCGUGCCCCUUUGGCGCUUCCAAAGGCAUAGAUGACUCCUCCUAUUUCCCCCUGGAACCGGACGAGCUUUCCAGACCGCUAACAGACGUCCCAACCUUCACGAGACUCAUGACAGGAAUGAGCUCCAUGAAUGGCGGCGGCGCUGGUCCCAUUCAGGGCUACUUUCGCACGGACACAUCCUACCAAGGUCCCAAACUUCACGAGUACGGCGGCGACCAGGAGUUGCAUCCGACCAGCUCGCCGAUUGCGCCCCUUGCAGAGUCUUGCCAGUUGUACAGCCUGAAUUUCCCUGCGCAGUCCUGCCCAGACUCUGAUGGCAAGCUUGUUAGCGAUAACUUAGUGAUCGACAACAGUGAAUGUCGAAGUCACCGGAGCAAUAGCAGCAGCAGCAUGACGCUCAACGGUAGUCAGACCAACACAGACGACGCAGACUCUUGUUUACGACAAGACAACCCACUCACAGAUUACUCCAAGGCUGAAAAAACGCCUAGACAGGAUACACAAGCAGAUGACGAGAAAUUCAAAAAUGCUGCGAGUGGCUGGCUGUGCGCAAAAGCCGGGAGAAAGAAGCGGUGCCCUUACACCAAACAUCAAACCCUGGAGCUAGAGAAGGAGUUCCUCUUCAAUAUGUACCUGACUCGCGAGCGCCGUCUGGAGAUCAGUCGGAGCGUCAACCUCACUGACCGCCAAGUGAAAAUAUGGUUUCAGAAUCGUCGAAUGAAGCAGAAAAAAAUGUCCAGGGAACACAGAACGCGGGACAUUACAUCCCACUUUCCCCUUUGAAGAAUUACAUCUACUCCACCUCAAAGUCAGGCCUCGCUAACACAGUUGCCUAUACGCUCACAAAUGUUCGCAGAAGCGAUGCAAUGUGAUUCAACAACUAGUUACUGAUGGAAUCCUGUCAUGCUUUGUUGGAUAGCCACGGAGUCAGACAACAUCUAAAUGGAUGUAACAUCGGAAGGGACAACCGUAGCCUACGGUAGCCUACGUUUCUGUCCUCCAAUGUUGACUGGACGUGAACAUGUAUUUUGAUAGAAUAUUUAUGGAGAAUGUGAUUUUCAAUAUUGUCCUCGUUUGUUCAGCCACAUCUUGCAAAAGCACUUUAUACACUACAACACAAUACGUUAAGUCAUCUUUCAUGUUGGCUGCAUAGAUGGGACGUAGCCUCUUUUUUCUGCUGGAACCGCCAGAAAUGCCUUGACGAUUUGAAGACUAUAUACUGUUUACAGUUUCUGAAGUUUGGAACACGCUUAAACAGAAGUUAAUUUAUCACGUGAGCACUAUUUUAUUUAUUCUCAGAUGCAUGGUUGACAUAGGUGUAUUUGCAAGCGAAUUGCUACAUUUAACAAGGAGCACAAAGUCAGCAGCUUAUGGGUUUUAUAGGCUAAGGGAUUUAACAGCAAGUCUUCAGACAUUUGACUCUGAAUAUACGAACAUUUUGCAGUUGUGAAUUCAGUAAAUUUUGCUGUAAACUCUGGUCAGCGUUUUUGUGUUCUUUAGGAGCAUGAUUGAAUGUAUUUCGAUGUUUGUGGUCGGUAGUCUUGUCUUGUGUUUUUUUAACAGUGCAUUUUGAAUAAAGAAUGACACAUUUCCUGGA